AUGGACGACGCCGCCGCCGCCCAAGCCUACCUCUCGCAGGCAGGCCAGAUCGCCCACGACCGGCUCAUGUCGCACCCGCGGGCGCAGUUCGAGUCGCACCUCCUGGACGAGGCGCAGGCCAUGAUGCAAGCCGUGGCCGAAGGCCUGUGCACCGUCGAGGUCGACUACCCGAUCCUGGACACCGCGCGGAGCGUGGUCAAGCACCGCUGGCAGGCCGCGGGACUCUGGCCGUGGGACCCGCUGCUGCCCUCGCCGCCGGCGGACGGGUUGGACUGGGCCUGGCCGAGGGCGCGCAACACGGCGCCGUGCGCCGCCGCGGGGCCCAUGGCCCUUUUCGGCCUCGAGAUGGGCGUGCGGCGGUGGCGGCUGGGGCUGCGGGGCGGCCGGGAGGCGCUCGACUCCCUGGACGAGGUCCUGCCUGCCAACGUCAACGAUGUCGUCUACGCCGAGGUCAGGGACGACUGGCAGAGGCGGGGCAUAUGGGAUCAGGCCUGGGUCUGUCUGCCGGGCCAGCUGUGGAAGCACCAGCGGCCGCUCGAGGACGUGCUGUUUGAGCAGCUGGGCGAGCCGCCGGCCGGCGUCCGGGCUGACCAGGUCGUGCCUGUGCAGCUGCAGGUGGCGGAUGGGCUUGACAUUUUUGUCAAUCAGCCCGUUCCUGUCCGAGCAGAUGGAGAGUGGGUAGAUCCGCCGCCGGCCUAUGAGGAGUAUGAGCAGGGCGAUGUUCACAUAGGCAGCGGCGGCGCAUUGGCGUCGACAAUGUCGUCUAUCGCGGGUCCGCUCAUCGUCUCAGAGCCCAUACUGGGGCAGAGAGCGAGAGUUUUGAGUGACUGCGACUCUUGA